GGUUUGGACCUUCUCGCGAGCCGUAGCUGUAGUUCGUGUUUGCUGCGACUUCGACAGUGCCAGUGCGGAAGGAUGACUGAAGAAAAUCGACAGGGUAGAUCCACGAUAACAGUGGAAGAAGUUCAAAAGCUUGUGAAACAGAAAGAUUUAAUAGAGGAACAAAUUCGAGCGUACUUCAGCGUCCUGGAAGAUCAAAAAGAUGUGGGGAUGAACGGCCCUCUGGUUGAUUUGGAGGGAUACCCUAGAGGAGAUAUCGAUCUGUACCAAGUACGCAAUGCACGGCAUAAUAUUGUGUGUCUGCAGAAUGACCACAAGCAGAUCAUGCAACAAAUCGAAGAGGCCUUGCAUCAGCUGCAUGCACAGAAACGGGAGACCGGUGAGGCCGGACCGAGGGUUCAAGAUCAGCCUCCAUGCCAGAGCUUUGCAAAAGUGGAUGAUGUCACGCCGGGCUCCCCUGCUAGCUUAUCGGGAUUGCGUGUUGGCGAUGAGAUUGUGGAAUUUGGCUCUGUAAACUCCCAGAAUUUCAAGAAUCUCCAAAUUAUUGCUUCAGUUGUGCAGCAUAGUGAAGGGAAACCCCUCAGUUUAACAGUGAUUCGUGAUGGAAAUAGAGUGCACAUGGGUCUCACCCCUCAGCGAUGGGCUGGAAGGGGCCUUCUUGGCUGUAACAUUGUUCCCAUUCAGAAAUAAAAUUAAAAGAAGACCCGUGUGCACAGAGAUCUGUAUGAAGAAAGACCAGCAGCACCGAGCGUUUCAAGAAGAACGUAUCCAAGCCAGGGGAGUGUUGCUUUAAGAGCUGUAGUAUUUGCUGGGCCAAGUGUGGUUCUGAAACUGGGAAACUUAAUAGUCUUUAAAAUACCGGUAUCUGUAUCAUUUGAUAGUAUUUGGUGCAUUUUAUUGAUACUGUUUUUUCAAGGCAGUAUAAAGCAACCCAGACACUUAUUUAAAAUGUUUUUUUCAGCAGUAGAUGAUUUAAGGAGUGAAUGCUGCA